AUGGCGACUUCCAAGCUCCAAGCUCUCUGGAACCACCCUGCUGGCCCUAAAACCAUUCACUUCUGGGCACCAACUUUUAAAUGGGGUAUAAGCAUUGCAAAUGCUGCUGAUUUUGCAAAGCCACCUGAACAGAUCUCCUACCCUCAUCAAACAGUUGUCGCAGUGAGUGGAGUUAUUUGGUCUCGCUACAGUACAGUUAUUAUCCCGAGAAAUUUGAAUCUGUUAAGUGUUAAUUUAUCCAUGGCUGGGACAGGCUUUUAUCAACUGUCUCGUAAAAUUCGGCACGAUUACUUUUCUGAGACAGAACCAGUUGCGUCAAAGGAAUGA